AUGGCCGCUAAGUCGGAUGGAGCAGCGGUGUCUGUGGAAGAUGACAACCCGCCCAGGAGCCUCUCGGAGCCGGGGAACCCCUCCGCCGGGCCCCGCUGCUCCUCUACCGCGGGGAAGCCGUUCACGCCGCUGGACUGCUGCUGGGUCCUCUGCGCGCUGCUCGUCUUCUUCUCGGACGGCGCCACGGACCUGUGGCUGGCCGCGGACUACUACCUGCGGGGGGACCUGUGGUGGUUCGGGCUGACGCUGGUGUUCGUCGUGGUUCCGUCCGCGGUGGUGCAGGUUCUAAGCUUCCGCUGGUUCGUGUACGACUACUCGGAUCUGAGCGGCAGCGGCGACGGUGCGGCGAGCGGUGGCGGGGACGGCGCGGGAGCGGCAGGCGCGGCAGGCGCGGGAGCGGCAGGCGCGGCAGCCCCAGCUUGCGACGCAUUCAGCACCAAGGACAGCGACCAGAGCGGAGCGGGAACCGGGAACGACGCGAACACGAGUCCGGGUCUCGCGUCCUCUGUUCGGCCGCAGCCGGAGGGACGAGCCCGCUCCCCGCGGAGCUGCUGCACCGUGUGCAUGUGGCUCUUCCAAUCCGUGCUACACCUCCUGCAGCUGGGGCAGGUCUGGAGGUAUGGCCACGCCCUCUACCUGGGCGCUCGCAGCCGGUGGCAGGGCAACGGGCCUCGUCAGCACUUCCACUGGAGACUGAUGUUCGAGAGCGCUGACAUCACCAUGCUCCGCCUCCUGGAGGCGUUCCUGAAGUCUGCCCCGCAGCUCGUCCUCCAGCUGAGCAUCAUGAUCCAUGGAAACAGUGUCCUCCCCCUGCAGGGUCUCUCGGCCUCAGCCUCUCUGGUCUCUCUGGCCUGGAUGAUCGCCUCGUACCAGAAGGUUCUGCGGGACUCCCGAGACGACAAGCUGCCCAUGUCCUACAAGGCCGUGAUCGCCCAGAUGCUGUGGCACCUCUUCACCAUCGGGGCUCGGACCGUGGCCUUCGCCCUCUUCGCCUCCGUGUUCCAGCUCUACUUCGGCAUCUUCAUCGUCAGCCACUGGUGUGUCAUGACGUUCUGGAUCAUCCAAGGUGAGACUGACUUCUGCAUGUCCAAGUGGGAGGAGAUCAUCUACAACAUGGUCGUGGGCAUCAUCUACAUCUUCUGCUGGUUCAACGUGAAGGAGGGCCCCAGCCGGUUCCGUAUGACCGUCUACUACUUUGUGACGCUGGCUGAGAACGUGGCCCUGACCGCUGCCUGGUACACGUACCGUGGCCCGCACACCUCCGACUCGUACGCCCUGGUGGUGGUGUGCCUGGUGGCCUGCAGCUUUGCCCUGGGAACCUUCUUCAUGCUGGUGUACUACUGCUGGCUGCACCCUGACGGGCCUGUGAUGGGCUCUCAGUGGGGGGGCUGUGUGGACGAGGGCCUGGUGGGUGCAGGGGGGGUGGCGGGAGUCAUCGAUGCUUGCCUCACCCCUUCACAAGGGUCACAAACAGACAUGGUCAUCACGAGCCCUCCGAGGACACUUCCCAGGACUAAAGACACAGGGGAGCCAGUCCCCGGGGACAGGGACAAGGAGAGAGACAGGGACAGUUGCCUGCCUAUCUUCCAGGUACGUCCCUCCCCGUCCUCCUCUCCCGCGCUGCUCCACAGGACCUCCUCCUCAUCCCGUGCACAGGAGGGUCCCGUCAUCAGGAUCGACCUCCCGAGAAAGCGGUACCCGGCCUGGGACGCGCACUUCAUCGACCGGCGCCUCCGCAAGACCAUCCUGCUCCUGGAGACCACGUCAGCCGUCAGCCCGCGGAUCCAGUACAGGAGCAGCCUGAUGGGCAGCAAAGAGGUUUUAGAAUAUGAGACCACGGUCUGAGCCACAGUCUCUUGAUCUUGAUUUGCAGGCAGGUACCAGCCUGAGAUUAUAACAACCAACGCCAGUAGAAGCAAGAAGACGUGACACGGUGUCAGGCAGCCGCUUUUCAGGAGAGGUGGUCAGGACUUGUUCAUGACCAAGAUCUCAAAUCCAGAUCCCAGCUGAUUGGUGGUUUAUUUAUCAUGUAAACAAGUAUGAAACAAAAAUGAUGAGAGAUGAUAACUUUACUUAUUUGUUCCCAUCAUGCACCCAAAAGAUUUCAUGUCCCUGAUGACCUUUCUUAACCAUCGUCCAACAAGAACCCGUCUUUGACUUUGAUCUCAUGAGAACACAAGAAUCCAUCCAACUCACGUCCAGGUCCAGAUGGUUAAUGAAAUGAGACAUCAGGACCAAUCAGGACGGGACGUCAGGACCAAUCAGGACGGGACGUCAGGACCAAUCAGGACGCUGAGCUGAAGAGAAAUGUUUCACGUUAACACAGGAAACCAAACGUGCUCAAAAAAAAUCGAUAACAAAGAUAAAAUAAAGAUGCAAAGUAUCAUGAUCUAAUAGCAGGUUGGUUAGUUAGUGGGUUAGUUAGUUGGUUGGUAAGUUUGUUAGUCAGAUGGAUAGUUAGUUAGUUAGUUAGUGGGUUAGUUACCAUAGCUGCUCUUUCUGGUUAAAAAUGUACAGACCUUUGAUUUAGGAGGUUCAGGUUUGGACUGAGGUCACAAGACACAAAAAAUCAACAACAAUAAAAACUGAUCAUAAAUCUUCAGUCGGUUGAACUGAUGCUUUAAAGCCAAACGCAGCCAAUCAGGACACAGCAUGCUCAGUGCUCAUUUAAAAACAAUGUGUUUCAGCUGCAGGUCAGUUUGAGUCCACACUAACAGCCUGAAAACACUGGUCACCUGACCACUCACCGGUCACCUGACCACUCACCGGUCACCUGACCACCCGCCGGUCACCUGACCACCCGCCGGUCACCUGACCACCCGCCGGUCACCUGACCACUCGCCGGUCACCUGACCACUCGCCGGUCACCUGACCACCCGCCGGUCACCUGACCACUAGCCGGUCACCUGACCCUCACGUGCACUGAGCAUGUGUGUGUCUGUGUAAACCGGAUCUGACAGAUGCUUGAAUAACAUCUGGUAAACAGCUGCAUUGUAGUAAAGUACAGAAUGAAACUGAACAGCAGCUGUUAGCGAAGACACUUCAUCCUGAAGGAGCUCAUGUGACAGGAGCUUGACCAAUCACAGAAGGUUACAUCAUGACUGAAAAGAACCAAUCACAAGAGGUGUAGAGCGGCUACGCAUCGUUUCAACAGUUUCUGUUUGUUUUCAAAGUGAAACGAGAACAUCAGCGUUUACACACUUCUCUGUUUCUGCGUCUCUGUUGAAACUCUGGAGUCGUGUGGAUGAAUCUUUAUCAGAGAUGAUCUAAUGUAGAGGAACGUAAGGGCCGUCCUUCAGAGGUCCAAGUCUAUCUGCCACACCUGAAGGUGUGAACGAGUUCUACCAGGAGCCAGAAGAUCGUUGAGUCUGGUCAGAACCUGAAGGUAGAAACCAUCAGACCAUCACAGGGACUUCAAUCUGGAGCCGACACAAAGAUCAGCGUCGUUUGAAUCACUGCUGAUGAUGAACGUGUUUGUUCUUACGUGUUGAGGAACAACCUUCAGUCCUGUGAACCUCAGGUCAAAGUGGAGAAGAUCACUCACCUGCCAGUUCCCUGAGAACUUCUACAUUCUCUUGUCUCAGUGAAAGUGUCUGUGGGACUGUGGUUUCAUAGCAAAGUGUCAAAGACCAGUGACAUCUUCAGGAUCAGUAUCUUGUUGCCAUGUGGUGGCUCAUUGAUUCAUCACUGUUUCUGUCUAGAUAAAAAUAGAAUGAUAAUCACAAAUAUCAGCCUCAGAUGUCAUCAGAGUUCAGGAUUAAACUCUGUGUGAAACAGUUUCAUGUUGAGGUCCAGAUCCUAAACGUGGCGUCACACCAACAACUCCACCUCCAGGUCCGAGUCGGCUGCUACCUCCACCUUCUGGCUGCUUCUGGAUCUUCAUGUCUGAGAAGGUGAACAGCUCUGAGGAAAAGGCAGGAUCAACCAUCAUGUGUUGUGAUGUUGUGUCUCAGCACUGCUGCUAACAAGGGUGUGGUUGUGUGUGUCUCCUCCACCUGGACAUCAGGGACACAGAUAGAAACUGGGACAGUGUUGUGUCCUCCUGAACCUGAUGGUGCUCAAGGUGCUGAGAGCUCAGACUGAGACGUGAUCACAUGACCUCCAGAGGACAUCAUGUCCCUGUCUCCACCUGAACCUGAUGGUGCUCAAGGUGCUGAGAGCUCAGACUCAGACGUGAGGACAUGACGUCCCGAGGACAACAUGUCCCUGUGUCCCCCGUCAGUCGCUCGUGAUCCACUCCUCUGUGGUCCAGGGAAACAGUCUGAGCUGAUUGUAAAUUAACGUGAACAAAAACAUGUCAAAACAAUGAGUUAGAAAAAAACUCUAAUCAUCUCUUAUGAAGUGAUGCAAGUAUUUAUGUUAAUUUAUUUUUGUAUUUGUUUUAUAUCUAUUUAUCUAUUGUUUACUCACUCAGUGGCCAUGUCUUUGGUAUGACUCUUAUAUUAAGAUGUAAAAACAAUUUUUUUUACUCAUUCUAUAUAUCUGUAUAUAGCAGAUUGGCGCUAUACUAGGAUGUGUGUGUACGAGUGUGUGUGUGUUGGUUUGUGUGUUGUAUGUACUGUGUGUGUGUGUGUGUGUGCGCUCUAAGGGUUUUGAUAAUGCUGCUUAAUCAUCUCGAGUGAACGAGCGAAAAAAAAAAAAACAGUGUUGAAAAUAUCUAUGAUGAUGUUAAAAAAACAACUGAUGAAGUAG